UUAAUCACGCAACUCUCGAUCUUAUCAACAGUAAGGCGGAAGAARKAGUUGUCGUGUGGGCCAUCUGAACGAAGUCCUCGAUUUUUGUUAGAAACUCAAACACAAUUGUAGGUCCAUUAGAACAUAAAUGCAGUUCAGGAAGUUAAAACUGCUCAACGAGGAAAGUUAACAGAAAAUGAGCUGUGAGCCUACAAGUCUGCAGAAAUGAUGUGUUCUCUAAUAAUUUCCUGGUGCGUCGUACUGACCUUCAGUCAAAGCGUUUCUGGUAAACUCUUUGGAAAACAACCUCCAGAUAUUCCAUCCUCAAAUUUUAAUGGUAACAGUCCCGUUGCAUUGUGGAUGCAGCAGAUUGGACUUGCCGUUCGCAUAUGUCAAAGAGUGGAAGAAGCUCAGUCAUAUAACAGCGGAGUAUCACCUUCAACAGCUCAGAUUACCAUCGGACGCUGCCAAGCUCAAUUAGUCAAGUCCACUGCACAUGUCACGGCAAAACAACAGGUUUGCCCUGGUACACAAGCCUGUAGUCCUACUAUGUCAGAGGUUAUACCCGUAAGAACAGACAAUGGAAUCCAGGAGAUAACAAAUGCGCUGGACUGCACUUGCUCAGCAUUGCAUUCUGUUUGCAAACGUCGUCGUUUAUUACGUACAUUUUACCGUGGAACAAAGUACGAACGCGUGAUAAAUGUUGGAAAAUGCGCGGGAAAUUGUCAAAGUAAAAAGUGCCAGCCACUGUACAUUAAGACCAUGGCUAUCAAAACUCCAAAUGGACGAAAAGAGGUCAAAGUGAUAAAAAAGUGCGGAUGCGAAACUCCUUGCUACAGGAUGUCAUUCAAGAAAGCCUACUCGGUAAUCAGGAGCAACUCUCCGUAUGCCAACAACACUAAAACUAAGGUCAUUGAUGUUGGUAUGUGUUCUGGAAGGGCUUCCUGUCCUGGAAAARUGAGAGGACAGUGUCUAUAUUGGUCGAAAUUAUCCGACCAGAGCAAGCAAAAGCGAAUGUGUGUCAUCCACUCCGAUGGCAGAMCUAAAGGCUGCUAUGCUGAGAAAACAAGAAGACUAGAACUCAAAACAGUGCCAAGCAAGAUAAUCCAUAUCAUUGACUCAUGCGCAUGCUCAUGAAGCUAGGAAGGCUAGAAAGCUUUUARAAGAAGUUUAUAAUAGAGAUCUUCCUUGUAUAUAAACCGCUAUUUGUGCAUUGUAGAAAGUGUUUCAAGUAAAMAAUUGUACAAUCA